UAACUAUUCUGCCUCAACACGACAAAGAAUGAAGCCUAGGGUUUUAAAAUAUUUUGACUGAGAAGCUAGCUGGCUAGCUUGCUUGGGAGAGCAACCGUCGAGUUCAUCCGCCCAUGCCACUUAACGUCCCUAUUCUGAACACGCCGAAAAUUGCAUUAUUCGAUUGCUAGUCAUGGCGCUCUGCGAAGUUUGCUCAACUGAACCGUCGAAGUAUCGAUGUCCUACAUGUAAUGUGCAGAGCUGUUCCCUUGCCUGCACCCAGGCACAUAAGACAUCCUGUUCGCCCAAAGCCCCUAAACAAAAUCAUGAGCCGGAGAAGCAAACAGCACCGCCUGAUAGUGUUCAAAAUGGCACAUCUGGAGCUGCGCCCGGUGAUGCUUGUGGAGCCACAGCAGAUCCACACCUACAGAUUCCCGACCAUCCUGGAACGAUGAUCCUCGACACUGAUAUACCCAAAGCUCCCCUUGAUUUCAAAGAUCUAGAGUCGUCCCGCGCACUCAAGGACCUAUUUGCCCAAUAUCCCGCUCUCCGCUCGCAGCUACGAGAUAUAUACAAACUUACGCUCGAGGAAGAGUGGGUGGAGACGAAACAUAACAAUUACGGGCGCGGGCGGGGGCGUGGGCGCGGAGGAUUCUCCGGGAGAGGAGGGAGGAGUAGAGGGCCCUGGAAAGAGGAGAAAGGAUUCAACCGAGGAUUGGGAAAAGUUAGGCGGUUGCGCGAAACAUUGGAGAGUAAUAACGGGGCUGCCAACAGCAAUGAUAUUGAAGGGUUUGGGCGGUUCGCUGCUUUGGUUCUAGGGGACAACGACGCGCCGAGGGAUAUUAUGCAGUUACAGUCAGAAGGUUGAAUAUCAACAUCAUCGAUUCAAUGAUAACUUCCUCUUGGGAUUGGUCAUUGGUGUUUGGGAUGUGGAUCUUUCUUUUCCUGCCCCACGGUACGGAACGGAACGACAAGUGGGAUUAUUUUCACUCUCUGCCGCGGUGCCUUUAAGAUACAAUUUGUGCAUGCUGGCUAGCUGCCUUAUCUUUCUUCACAAAAUAGUCGGAUAGAUAUACCCGCAUACUGCAUGUUCCUCGGCGCCCACAUGCGGCGGCUUCGAGUGCAGGAUACCGCCUACUUGAAUAACUUUGAUACGUCCUCGGGCUAGCGGAUGCAUUAUGCAACGAUAAUUCCUGACUCGUCCUAGGAUUCUGUACGAUGCUGCUAAACGUGCCUAGGCACCAUCCUGUGGUAUGGGCUGUUAUCCUAGUUUCACCUAGAGAUUCGAAGACUAGGUUAAGCAAUCACAGCCUGGGAGAGCGGAAGCACAAUGGGUUUACCUAGGUACAGGGUUUAUCACAUUUGAAAGGCUUUAGUAAAACACUUGGUCGUGCUUUCAAUUAUUCUCCCCGACAGGACGAGCAUCUUUUCAGCGAGAAUGACCAGCCCAGGAUCCAUCUUUAGGAAAACAUUUCAGCUUUGCCCAACAAUAAACCUCGGUUUAAAUUGUAGCUCGCAUCCCGAUUGGAUAUCGACCGACAUGUUUUGUGACACAGCAGGUUGUAAACGUUGCGAAAAGUGCACUGUUGCAGGAUACCGAUCUGUGUACCCUGGGACUCCACGCGAAGAGUAAAACAGGGGUAUGUUUAUGCCUAGGUACGGAGAGGUUUUAUGCAUGUAGGAUCGGCGGCGUGUUGGAAGGACCUUGAAUUGUCUCUUUGAAUAUGCAGUAUAUUAAGUAUAGCUUCUACCAGAACAUUUAGUAAAUCCACUUCCUCCAACUCCGGUAGCAAACGGCUUACUGACUUUCUGAUUCCCUUGUAUCCUUGUAAAAAUCGAGCUGGGCUGGGCGGAAACAGGAUCUGUAUGAUACCUGCCUUGUCUGUUGAAAGAAGGCCCCCCACAUGAUACACGAAGGACAUCCCAUAUCGUCUCAACCCUAGUUUGAACGCUUGAUUUGAUCGACUGGAGGUUUUGUUUGGCAGCGAUUGGAUCGCCACCCAGUGCUGAUGCCGGCUCUAGAU